AUCUGGUUAUUACUUUUUUUGUUUAUUUCAGGUAUUAUGUCAGACAGUUAUGAUGAUAGCAGAAGCCCAUUUGAACAUGGAGAAAUACCCCCCAGUCCUGACAUGGAUGUGGUAGAGAACAUACAAAUUUCCUUCUCUGUGGCUGCAAAAGAAAGGAUAGGAAUUGAUGAGGAAGAGGAGGAGGAUGAAAAUGAAGAAACUUCUCAGAAUGAAGAAGACGAUGGUGAUGAGCAUUUUGAAGAGGAUGAUGGUAUAAAUAUUAAGCCACCACAAAACCAAGCAGGCCGCAAAGAGAAAAGUCACAAGCACAGGCAUAAAGAAGAUAAAAGGAGGGACAGGGAACAUAGAGCAUAUGACAGACAUAAAGACCGGGGCAGGGAACCAAAGGAAGGUGGGCGAGGCAGAGAAGUAAAGGAUGUAAGAGCUGUAGGGAGGUCUCACGAAGAGCGGGCACAUCACAGUGAGAAGACAAAGUCUCGAGAAGUGAGGGAGGUUCACAGGGAGGAGAAGAGGGAUAGAGAGAAGGAAAGACGUGUCAAUGUUCAAAAAGAGAUAGAAAAACGAGAAAAAUCUCAGAGGGAAAGAGAAAGAUUAGAGAGAAUUGAGAGGGAGAGGGAGAGAGAGAAAAGGAUAAGAGAGGAUAGAGAAAGGAGAGAAGAAGAAAGAGAGAGAAAAGAACUAGAAAGAAGAAAAAGACGGGAAGAGGAAAAAUAUAUGGCUGCUCAACAGAGAAUGGAAGAUGUAUAUCGACGUGAUAAAGAGAGGAAAAUGGGGAAACAGGCACAUGGACAUGUUGAGGGCAGAAGUAGAAGUAGAGAAAGACAUCGACACCGAGAGAGAGAAGAGGAAAGGCCAAGGACAAAGAAACGUUCACCUGAAGCUCCUCGCCGACCCCAGACUCCCUCCUCCCCUGAACCUGAACCAGAACAUGAGGAAGUAGAGGAGUCUCCAGAGAGUCCUGAUCCAGAACACGCUGAGCAGCACGAAAGUGGUGGAUCCGACAGUGGCGAAUCAGCAUCUGACUCAGGGUCUGACAGUGAUAGCAGCAGUGGAAGUGAGAGUGAGGAUCAUGAGGAUAAAGAAAGGAGCCCAGACGACAAGGAGUCCUUGAGCAAAGUGAAGUCAAAGUUUGAUGAUCACUCUGAUCAUGAGAGUGGUACAGACACAGCGCGAAACUCGGAGCAGGAAGAUGAGGAUAUCUACAUGGAUGAGACACCCCCUGCCUCCCCCAUGGAGCUCCGCCCAGAACUCCCUCCCUACCUACCAGCUAUACAGGGCUGUAGAAAUGUGGAGGAGUUCUCAUGUCUCAACAGAAUAGAGGAGGGAACAUAUGGAGUGGUGUACCGAGCUAAGGACAAGAAAACAGAUGAAAUAGUGGCAUUAAAAAGAUUAAAGAUGGAGAAAGAGAAAGAAGGAUUCCCUAUUACCUCCCUUAGAGAAAUUAACACUCUCCUUAAAUCUCAGCACAUGAACAUUGUAACAGUCAGAGAAAUCGUUGUAGGCAGUAAUAUGGACAAGAUCUAUAUUGUAAUGGACUAUGUAGAACAUGAUAUGAAAAGUCUGAUGGAAACAAUGAAGCAACCAUUCCUUAUGGGUGAAGUGAAGACAUUGAUGAUACAGCUGUUGAAAGGUGUGGCUCAUCUCCAUGACAACUGGAUCAUACACAGAGAUCUCAAAACAUCUAAUCUUCUUCUCAGUCACAAAGGCAUACUUAAGAUAGGAGACUUUGGACUUGCCAGGGAGUAUGGCUCCCCUCUGAAGCACUACACCCCCAUUGUAGUCACCCUCUGGUACAGGGCACCGGAGCUUCUACUGGGUAUCAAGGAAUAUUCAACUGCCAUAGACAUGUGGAGUGUCGGAUGUAUAUUUGCUGAAUUCAUGACGAUGAAACCUCUCUGGCCAGGAAAAUCUGAAAUUGAUGAACUUAACAGGAUAUUUAAGGACAUGGGUACUCCUACAGAGAAAAUCUGGAAAGGGGUCAAAGAAUUACCAGGCAUGAAGAAGUGCACCUUUGCUGAGCAUCCCUAUAACACACUCAGACAGAGGUUUGGCUCAUAUCUCACAGACCUGGGAUUUGAUCUCUUAAUCAGGUUUCUGACAUAUGACCCUACCAAGAGAAUUACUGCAGAGGAUUCUCUGAAGUACAAGUUUUUCGAGGAGUCACCACUGCCAGUAGACCCCUCCAUGUUCCCUACCUGGCCUGCCAAGAGUGAACAACCAAGAAAACACACAAGCUCUCCCAAACCCCCAUCUGGUGGAAAGGCCUACUCUAAAUUACUGGGUGGAGAUGAUGACAAGAUGAUAGAGAUGGAUGCAGGUUUUCAUCUGACUAAUGCUGCCAAAGGAGUUUCUGCAACAGGACCAGGCUUUAGUCUCAAAUUCUAGAACAAUUAUAUCUUGACAAAUCAGAUGAAUAUGUAGGCCAAGAAAAAGUGACAAGUUAUUUGUUACAUAUAUGUAAACAGUACUUCAUUUCAAAUGGAAAAAAAUAAUAUUUGAUGUGGAUGACAUCUAUUUUCAAACAGCAAAAUGGUCAUUUGACUGGUGGAAAAUUGAGUGAAGAAUCAAUUCAAUUGAAUUUUUUUUAGAAAAUGUUCUUUAAUAAUAAAAGACAGGAACACAAAUCAAGAAGCCA